GUAAUGGACUUGUGUAGUAAACGUAUAAUAUCCAAGAUGGGUGCAAACAGAAUUAAGAAGGGAGAGAGGGGUGAGGUGACAAAGUACAUCACAAGGAAUAAGGCCAUCAAAAGGCUGCAGCUUUCUCUUCAUGACUUCCGUCGUCUUUGUAUUCUAAAGGGUAUCUACCCACGUGAGCCCAAGCACAGAAAGAGAGUCCAGAAGGGUAACAGUGAAUAUAAAACCCAGUAUUAUUUGAAGGAUAUCCAGUUCUUAAGCCACGAGCCUCUCAUUUCAAAGUUUCGAGCACAGAGGGCCCAUCUCAAAAAAAUAAGAAGUGCUGUUGGAAAACGGGAUAAGCAUGAGUACAAAAAACUCAGAAAGUCUAAGCCAACUUAUAAAAUAGAUCACUUGGUGCGAGAACGUUACCCAACUUUUGUUGAUGCCCUACGGGACUUGGAUGAUCCAUUGACUCUUUGUUUUCUGUUUGCAAGGUUGAAUAAAAAAAGAUUCUUAACAGAAGUUAUGAUCAUGUAUUGCCGUCGGCUAACUGUAGAGUUCAUGCACUACGUUAUAGCAGCAAAGGCACUCAGGAAAGUUUUUAUUUCAAUCAAGGGAUACUACUAUCAAGCUGAUAUCAUGGGACAGACUGUUACAUGGAUUGUACCACAUCCUUUCAGACCUGAGAACACUACAGAAGUUGACUUCAACAUAAUGAAACUGUUCACAGAAUUUUACAUCUGUAUGUUGGGUUUUGUCAAUUACAGACUUUACCAGAGUUUGAACUUGUUUUAUCCACCCAAGUUAGCUGCAGAGGAAGAAAAAGAAACUCAAGAGACUGAGGCUGAAGAUCGUGGUGAAAAUGAGCUCGAGAAGGUUCUUAUCAGUGAGCGGAUUGCCUGUUUGAACUUGAAUUUACGGAAGAACAAAGAGGAGGAAGAUGAAGGAGAGACCUUGGACAUGCAUCUAUUGGAAGAAAGUGUGCAGAAUGUGAAAAUGGCAAUGGAUGAAGAGGAAAAGCUAAACAAAUUCAAGAAUCUUUUCAAGAAUAUGAAAUUCUUUUUGGGGAGGGAAACUAACAUGGAGUCACUCACCUUUGUUAUCAAAUCUUUUGGUGGACAGGUGUCAUGGGACGAAGCUGUUGCUGAAGGUUCUAUGUACCCAGAAUCAGAUGAAACCAUCACACAUCAGAUUACUGAUCGUCCAAAUGUGGAGAGAAAAUAUCUCUCAAGGUAUUAUGUGCAACCUCAGUGGAUUUACGACUGUAUCAAUGCUCGGAUGUUCUUGCCAGUUCAAGAUUAUUUCCCAGGAGUAACUCUUCCUCCUCAUCUGUCACCAUUUGACAUUGUUACUGAUCUUUAUGUUCCUCCCGAGAAGGAAAAGCUUGAAGCAAUGAAAAGAGGUGAUAUUCCAGUUCAUGCAUUCCCUCAAGAAGAAAGCAGUGAUGAGGAGUCAGAUCAUGAAAUAGUAGAUGGUGAUGAGGAAGCUGAAGUGGAUGUGCCAGAAGAAGAGGAGCCUGGAAAUGCAGAAGAAGAGAAAGAACCAGAAGAAGAAAUAGAUCCGGAGAAGAAAACAUUACUCAAAGAAAUGGAAGUGAAACCUGGUAUCCAUGUCAGGCCCAAAGACACGUCUUGGAAGGAUGAACAAGACCAUUAUAGAUUGUCAGUUUCAAUGAUCCCAAGAAAGAAGAAGAGAAUAUACCGUAAGUUGAAGAGGCAAGAGAACAAGCAGUUUUGCAAAGCUGAGAAUCUGCGUUUGAGGAGAUUAUCAAUUGAGAAAGAGAAGGCAAAGAAAGCUGAAAAUGUGAAGAAGAAGAAAGCAAACCAAGAAGAGAAACUGUUAAAGGAGAGGACCAAGCAGAAAGCACAGUAACUUGUUAAGUAGCUUAACCAGAUUAUUUAGUUAUUUGUGAUUAUUCAGAGAAUAAUUAAGAUAUUUGUGCGAUCUGUUCUAUGUUAUUUUAUAAAUUGAGGAUAUAUCAA